AUGGCCUACGACAUGAUAUCAUAUUCGAAUCGAGAUAGUGGACGGGACUACCGUAACGGUUCUCGCCAUGCUGAGCAUGCAUAUGAAAACUCUGUUUCAAGAAAACGCUAUCGGGAUGUUCCAUUCCAGUCACGAAUGCCUUUCGAAAAUGACUUAAAAGAUAGGGAAUAUGACUACUACAAUCCAAACAAGGAAUAUGUUUCCCCCAGUAAAGAACUUCGACGUAGUAAACAUGAUAUGGAGAAGUUUCGCCAAGACCCGCGGUACAGUCGUGAUUCAAACACUAGUCCUGUCCCGAGAAAACGUAGUAAAAUGGAUAGUCGAGUCGAAUCAUCUCCUCCCAAACCAUCUCGUGUACUUGGUGCUUUUGGAUUGUCCAUGCGCACCGAGGAACGGCAUUUGUACGACAUAAUGAAAAAAUACGGCGAAAUAGAGGAAAUAAAACUUGUUCAAGAUAAUUUAUCUGGGCGUUCACGUGGUUUCGCAUUUAUAUAUUUUCGGUCUAUUGAAUGUGCUCGUGCAGCGCGCGCUGCAUGCGCUCGAGGCUUGGAACUACAUGAUCGUAUUGUUCGCAUUGAUUACAGCUACACUGAGCGACCACACAAUCCUACACCUGGAAUAUAUAUGGGCAAAGAAAAACGGUGAAGAAAGUAGUGGUCGCUAACGAUCUUCAUCAAUAUCCAAAGGAUUUUUGAAGAUAUUUGUCAUUCAAGUAAUCCAAGUUUAUGAUUUUCCAUCAAACUAACCGAUGUUUCAGUGCGUGUUCAACUUUCAAUGUGUUUUGGUUUGUUGGGUUUGUAAUUCAAUUUGACAAGUUUUAACCAGUUUAUAUUAUUUUUGAUGUAAUUCUUAUCAAAGUACGUUACUAUUUUUUUGAAUUAUCCACUUUAGUUGUUCAUUUCCGAGUUUUCAGUUACCCAGAUACUAUAAACCAUGCACAGUGGUGGAUUUUAUUAUUUCCUAAAGCACAGAAAAUCUGUCUAAAUAACGAUGCUAUUGCCAGACACGUUUGACUUUACUAUUUUUUUAACGCAUUACCAAAGUACAUCAUGGUAUUCAAGCAUUUUGUAAACAUGAGGCUUUUAUCUUGUAUAGUUUAUUAUCUACUGCCUAUACGUUUAACAUGUGGAUUAGAUUUUAGUCAACAAUUGCCAAAAUGCGAUUGAUAAGCUCCACUUACCUUUAGACAAUCUUUAUAAGUAGUAGCUCAUUCUGUUGAAAACGUAAGUUUUAUUGACAAGUUAGUCAUCGCAUAUCAUCAGCUGAACAUUCUUAUUUAGUCACUGAAACAAACUUGUUAAUUCCAAUACUCUACUUACAGUUACGGUAUACUCUCCUGUCCAUUGAAAACACAUCGAUUAAUUCAUUAUUCUGCGUAAAAAUAUGUUCAAAAUUCCAGUGUUUCCUUUUUCUAUAUAUUCUUACAUAAAAUUUACUAUGUCAAAUGCCACGUGAUCAAAUCAUCAAUUAGAACACCGAUUUAUAUGACCUACACACUGUGCCAAACCAAUGGCGUGUUAACUAACACGAGCAGCCUAAAGUCAACUCCAAGUCCUUAUUGAUUCCUCUGCCUUGCCGUGCCUGUUGAGUCCAGAACACGAUCUCAGCUUCCAUUGUAUAAAUCAUAUAUUUCAGACAUACUUUGCUUACAUGCAAGCAAACCAGACCGCGUCAUACUACGAAAUAGAAAUUAACAAUUAUUCAAGACCAAGCCAAAAGUGGCUGUGGAUGUGAGAUACUGUAACUAAUAGAUUGAGGACAACGUAAGAAUAAUAAAUCGUAUGAUAGUAGCUAAUAGGUCAAAUGAAAGCUUGUAGUGAGAGACAUAUGAAUACAUAUGAUCUAGAUAUCUAUUAGUUAUAUAAUAAGGAUAUAUAUAUAAUAACAAUACAUAAAUAGUUCCUAAAAUUAUGUAGACAGGUCUUCCAUAAUCAAAUUACACAAAAUGAUAAUAUCUUAAUAUAGUUGAAAUCAUGAGUCAAU